AUGCCAGUCGAGACCACGAUAACGACGCCGCUGCCGGGCGGCGUGGAGCCCGCCGCCGUGGUAGCGCUGCUGCACGACCACGAGGCGUACAUCCGGACGACGUGCCCGCAGCUGAUCUCCUACAAACGGGUGUCGGGCCCCUCCUCCUCCACCACCUCGCCGGCGGGUCUAGGCGAGCCCGUCCUGUUCGAGGUCGUGGACCGGCGGCCGACGGGGCAGACGACGUACAAGCUGACGCUGACGAACCGCGAGGAGGGGAUCGACAGCCUCGUCGACGGCAAGGCGCCGACGGGCACCAUGGCCGUGCGCACGCGCUGGCGCGUCAGGGGCGACGCCGGCAUGCUCGAGGAGGAGAUCGAGAUCGAUAGCAACAUGAUCACCAAGAAGAUGGUCAAGGGCAACAUCGAGAAGGGCCACCCGGAGCACCAUCGGAGUUUUUUGGCGGAGGCGGCCAGGGCUUGA